GUCACCCCCGACAUUGACUGGCGCCCGCGCUCCGCCGGGGUCCUAGCACUCGGGCUCCAGCCUCGCCCCUCCCCUUGCAGCCCGGACCCCGCCUCCCCGGAACUCAGUGGGGCUCCCCCGCGCGGCUGCUCGGCGCCCCGCCCCGCCCCGCCCCGCCCCGCCGCCUCUGGGCUCCGCUGGCUGCGCUGCAGGGCCCGGCCCCGCGGGGGUGGCCGGCGCAGGGGCGGGUCGAUCUGUAGCCCCGCCCUCCAGCUGAGCCGGAUCGCGGCGCGGACUCGCAAUUUCAGAGCUGGUGCGGCGGCGGCGGGCGCGGAGCUUCGUGGGUGCGGCACUGGCGGCUCCGGCGGCCUCGGCGGCGGCCGGGAUGGGCGGGCAGCCGCUCGGGGCGCGGGGGCCAAGCGCAACGUGACCCCCCUGGACUCAAGAGUCCGGCCCGCCCGGCCGUGCCAGCUCGAAGGUCUGCCGGGGCGCGGGUCAGCGGCCGAACCAGAGCCGAGCAUGCGGGGCGCGACGCGCACGGGGCAGCAGGGGCUGCGGCCGCCCGUCCCUGGCCCUGGCCCUCCGGGGCUGGCGCCGCUGCUGUGGCUGCUGCCGGUGUUGCUGGCGCUGCUGGGGGGCGCGGGCGCACAGUACUCGAGCGACCUGUGCAGCUGGAAGGGGAGUGGGCUGACGCAUGAGGCCCAUCGGAAAGAAGUAGAGCAGGUGUACCUGCGCUGCUCGGUGGGUGCGGUGGAAUGGUUGUACCCCACUGGGGCGCUCAUCGUCAACCUGCGCCCCAACACCUUCUCGCUCGCCCGUCCCCGGACCCUGUGCAUCAAGCCCCUCUCAGAUUCCUCAGGAGCCAAUAUUUAUUUGGAAAAGACUGGAGAACUGACCCUGCUGGUGCGGGACGGUGAGCACGGGCCCGGCCGGGUUCAGUGCUUCGGCUUCGAGCAGGGUGGCCUGUUUGUGGAGGCCACGCCACAGCAGGACAUUGGCCGCAGGACCACCGGCUUCCAGUACGAGCUGACUGGCUGGCACUCGGGCGCGGACCUGCAGACACCAUCUGCCCCCUGCCGGCCUUGCAGUGACACUGAGGUGCUCCUGGCCGUCUGCACCAGCGACUUCGUUAUCCGGGGCUCCAUCCAGAACGUCACACAUGAGCCCUCCAGGCAGGAGUCAGCCAUCCACCUGCACGUGAGCCGGCUGUACCGGCAGAAGAGCAGAGUCUUCCGGGUGACCCCUGAGGGCAGUGGCUGGCAGGGCCGUGUUACCACAUUGCUGGAGUGUGGUGUGAGGUCCGGCCACGGCGACUUCCUCUUCACGGGCCACAUGCACUUUGGUGAGGCCUGGCUUGGCUGUGCCCCACGCUUCAAGGACUUCCAGAGAAUGUACAGGGACGCCAAGGAGAGGGGCCUGAACCCUUGUGAGAUGGGCCCCGAGUGACCAUGGCUCCCGAGUGAUCAGGGGCCAUGGGCUGGCUGGUGAGCAUGUUACUGGGGGCUCCUCUAUGGGACCCCAGCCAAGGACUCCCUAACUGGUUGAUUGGAAAUGUUGUAAAAUGCAAACUAAGUUAUUAUAUUUUUUUUAAAAAGAAGCGUCUUUGGGAAGUGUGCCCUAUCA